GACGGCAUUUCCCAGCGUGCAAGCAGGAGCAUUCGGCCUGCUUCCCAACUUAAAUUCCAACAAAAACAAAGAAAAGUAAUAUUAAACAGUUUAUUAAUGAAGCGAAAUAAUAUACUUGAGAAAUAGGAGCGAGAGAUAGAAUGGCUUUGUGUCCGAGAGAGCAAGUGAACCAAAUUACAAUUUUCAGCCCAUUUGGCUUGUGGAUUAACUAUUUUUAGUGUGUGGUGUUUUUGGCAAAAAUUGUAAAACAUUCAAUUGAAAAGCGUCAAACCGAAGACAAAUUAAACAUCCAUCUCACAGCCACAAAGUACACAAAAAUUGAGUCAAAACAAAUCAGCGAAAUUGAUUUUGGCACCACAGGAUGAGCCAAGGUUUUGAUAGUUCACAUGGAAGUGGAAGUGUAGGACCCAGGGUAGCUUAUCCAGCGCGUCAGUCAUCGGAGGAUGUGCCCGAGUCUACAGCCACAGCAACGACGGAAACAAUUGGAACACCAACAACAACAGCCGGAGAUGGACAACAAGGAGCGGGUUUCGGAGCUGGAGGUGAGGAUGAUACUACCGAUGACAAUUUCGAAUCGAAUUUGCGGCGUCGCAAAGGCAAAAUAAUAUCCUGUGCCAAAGAGACCAUCGAGAAUGCUUCCCGCCAUAUUCGCCGCAAAGUUCCCUACGCUGGUCAUUUGAUGACGCCGCGUCGGCUCUGGCUGAAUAAAAUCCCAACACAAUGUGACGUAGUCAUUGAAUUUCCCGAGGAUUCCCCUGACGAGGCACUGCGUUGGCUGCUGGCACGCAUUCGGUCGCAACCGCCGGCCGGGCUAGGUCUCCUGGUGCAGGUCAAGGCACAUGAGAGCACGCGUCGGAAUGCCUUCUAUGUCAGUGCCCCCGUGAAUGUCCUUUUUAAAGCCGCCGAGGAGGCCCGCCUGCCCAAGCGUCUGCGUCCGGAUCUAGGUGGCGCCCUAAGGGAGUUUACCACCCGCGAGAGCCAUUGUUUUCUGCAGUUGAGAGGUGACGUGGCCAGCACCGCGCUCUUUACCUCGCAAGAGCGUCAGUGGCUGGUGUUGCAGGUGCUGCAGGGCCUGCGUGCCGGCUGCAGUGACAUCGAUGCUCUGCAUGGACGCGCAGCAGUGGCCGAGGGCCAGAGCAUUGUGGCCGCCUGGCAGGAGUCGGGUCUCAUUACACAGGUCUUUCCGCUGCACGAUCCAAGGUCGUUGACACAACUUCAGACUCACUGGGUGAAACAAAUAUUUGCACCGCAACCUUUGGAUGACAUUGCUGCUUAUUUUGGGGUGAAGGUUGCCCUCUACUUUGCCUGGUUGGGUCAUUACACGUGCGCCUUGGGUGUGCCGGCUGUUUUUGGCACAAUUCUUUACUGCAUUCUCUGGGGCAAGGGUCAAACGGCACAGGACAUGGGCCACGUGCUCUUCUCGCUGUUCAAUGUGGCCUGGGCUUCACUGUAUCUGGAGGCCUGGAAGAGGUACUCUGUGGAGUUGGCCUUUCGCUGGGGUACUCUGUCCACGCCGCCCGAACUACUCGAGCCACCUAGGCCGCUGUACAAGGGCCCUUUGGAGGAGAACAAUGUGACAGGUCGUCUGGAGCCCAAAGAGGCGCCCGCCUGGCAACGACGAGCCUUUCGAUAUUUGGUUAGCUUUCCCAUUAUAGGAUGCUGCCUCUGUAUGGUCUUUGCUGUGAUGUUUCUCAUGUUGCGCUUUCAGGAGUGGCUGGAUCACCAUAAAAUACCCGAUAAAGGAAUUGCUCAAUGCAUGUAUAAUUUGCACAAGGACUGGUGGGACUCCAAGCUGCCGGAGGAUAGUGUCCUAUGCUGUCUGAGUGUCAUACCAAAAGUACUCCUAGCAGGAGCCAUCACCCUCAUGGAUGAGGCUUACUUUAAGCUGGCUGUGUGGCUCAAUGAUAAAGAAAACUAUCGCCUGCAAUCGAAAUAUGAAAAUCAUUUGAUAGCCAAAGUCGCGCUAUUCCAGUUUGUCAACUCCUUUCUAUCGCUCUUCUAUAUCGCCUUCUAUUUGCGCGAUGAAGAGAAGCUCAAAGAGCAACUGGCUGGCCUGCUCAUCUCGAGACAAAUUAUUGGAAAUCUACGUGAAUCGGCCCUUCCCUAUUUUGUGGAGCAAUAUAAACUGGCCAAAUUGAGUUUCAACAUGUGGGGCGCCCUGAGUCCCACGCAGAAUCUGACACGUAGUUUGGCAGAGGAAUUGGCCACAGCCGAGGCAGAGCUUAAGGCCGAGGCCUCUGGCACGCCCACAAAAACCCAUCAGCAAAGUCAAAAAGCGAGUAAAAGAAAUAUUGGCCAGGCUGAAAUUGAGAGUUCGUUGUAUAAGUACGAUGGCACCUUUUCCGAUCACCUGGAGAUGCUGGUGCAAAUGGGAUAUGUGGUGCUCUUUUCGGCUGCCUUUCCACUGGCUGGUAUGUGUGCGUUGAUCAACAACCUCAUGGAGAUACGUUCCGAUGCGUUCAAGCUGGCACAUGUGCACCAGCGACCGUUUGGACAGCGAGUGGCAAAUAUUGGCACCUGGCAAAAUGCUUUGAGUAUUCUCUCGCUGGCAGCUGUGAUUGUGAACUGUGCCCUGAUUGGACUCUCUGGUCAGGUGUCGAGGCUAUGGCCAGGACUAACCACAGCCCAGACAAUUAUAUUGAUUGUCACACUCGAACACAUCAUGUUGGGGCUGCGGCAGGCACUCACCUGGCUGCUGCCAGAGUUGCCCUCUUGGCUGGCAGCGGAAAUAGCCCGAGCCGAGCAUUGUCGACGGGAAAUGCAAUGCAAGGGCACCUCGCCACGUCCCACCCCGCCGACACCACAAUCGACGACCUCCACGCAGCCGGAACAGGAGGGCUCCGGUGGAAUGUUGCAAACGGAGAGCGGCGCCAACACCACACACGAUCAGUCUAUGGACAGCCAGGUGGCAGAGGAUAUGCUGCUCUAUGGGCACGAGUUUGCUGCCUCCGGCUAUGGGCGCAACAUCGAGGCGGAUGUGAAUAUUUAUGAGAAUCGUGAUUCAUCGCCCGAUUCCCCACCCUCUCAGACCAGCACCAUACUUAUUAGACCGCUGCACGAGUCAACACCACCGCAUGGAGGCGCCUCCCUUUCCAGUCUGCAUUAUGAUGGCAAUGGAGGAGCUUGUGUUAGAAAAUCUCUGUACUUUAUACCGGAAAUACCACCAUUUAUUGGAUAUUCUGUGCGAAAUCUAAGCCUUAUGACCAAACAACAGCAACAAAUCGGAGCAUCCGCCAGCACGCUAGCCCUAAACUCAGCCGCAUAUGCUGCCCGGAUGCAACCGAUACAUUUGCCGGAAAUACCGCCGUUCCGUAAGAAAUCAAGCGACUCUGCCGAUCACACUGGCAGCAGCAACAGCAGCAGUCCCCAGCGUGCUACGAUGCGGCAACUAUCAGCGCAAUAUCAGCCGCAACAGCAACUGCAGCAGCAACAUCAACAGAGGAUCUCGGAGAUACCGCCCUUCAAGACACGAAAAAUAUCGGCAGAGAGUGCAACACAUUUGACAAUGAGUGACAAGCUACACAUAAAACUCCAUGCACCCGAAUGGAUGUCACGUUUAAAAGUCAACGACAAUGCGAAUCUGCAUAGAAGCAUAGAUUGUAUUGCCAAGGAACUCGGAAACAGUGACGAUACCUCGGAUAUUUUAAAGCCUGCCCCAUCGUGGAGCAACGUGGCCCUGAAAACGGGUACUCCGGGAAGCUUGUUGGCCACCCCACCAGCCUCGCAGCAACAACAGCAUAUAGUGGCAUCAUCCUCCUCAUCGUCGGGCGGCGGUGGGAGCGUUUUCAGUCCCAGUGGGCUAGGACCUAACGGAGCCUCCGGUAGUAUCAGUAAUUCCCAAUCAAGGCCCAGUGUGGGUGCCCUAUCAAAUUCGUCAUCCAGUUCAUCGCAUAAGCAGCAAAAGAAACUGGAGAAGGAGGAGAAGGAGAGAGAAAAGAAGGAGGAGAAAGAGCGAGGAAGGGAACGGAAGGAGGAGAAGGAAAAGGAAAGGAAAGAGGAGAAAGAAAAGGAGAAGCAAAGGGAGAAAGAACGGGAAAAGGAGAAGGAACGAGAAAAGGAGAAGGAAAAGGAAGAGUCUGCCGCUGCCUCCACAUCAGCGGGCGCUUUAGAUGACGAAGCGAAGGCGGCUGAACUAGCGGCCAAGAAAUCGCGCCUCAAGCAAAAACUGGUGAAAAGUGCGAGAUCCGUGGCAAUAUUCUCGCUAAAACUAAAAGAACGAAGACAGCGGGAGGCUGAAAAGGCAGCCACCAUAGCUGUAGAGCAUGCCAAGGCUCUGGCUAAGCUGCCAAUUCACCAGGCAGUGGGAGGGGAACUGUCUCUUAUACCCAUCGAACAACUGAUUCAAAUUGAGGAUCUCCAACCUGCGAUCAAGCCUUUAACAGCAAACGUAUCCACAACGACAGCACCGACAUCCACAUCGAGCCAGGCAGGCACAUCGAUGCAGCAUCACCAUCAAUACCAACAGCAGCAGUAUCAUCAUCCACAUCCGCACACAGAUGACUAGACUUCUCAAGAGUUGAAAUUCAUUAGCAGCAGCAGCACAAACACAAACACACUCUGUAAAUAGUUUUUCUAUGCACCCUUUACCCCCUCUACCCAUCUAAUUAGCAGAGUUCUAGUCAAAGUUACCGUGAGCAAAUUGGCUGAAUGUGUGUCUUAUCCACAGUUGGCAGGAAUUAAUUAGCUAAACCUAUUAGUAGAAAGCAAAAGAAACCCAACUUAAUCUACCAACAAAAGCGGGCAGAUCCAUUUCGAUAUCUGAAAUAGUAUUUUGCACUCAACUUUAAUAGAAAUCGCAAAUAUUGUACUCUCCAAAAAAAAUCGAGAAGGGACGAGUGAGAGAGAGAGAGCAUUUUACGCGUCACAACUUUUAUACCCGGUACUCAGUACUACCACUGUACCUUAGCGGUUUUUUCCAAUUUACAAUUUUUUCUUCAUCUGGCAUAUACAUCUACAUAGCCUCUCACGACAACACGCUCUGUUAUCUCGCCCACCUGCCUUAACGAAGCAGAGUGUGGAGUAUGGACCGGGUGGGUUUAGCCACUGCAAAGGAAUUUGUUCAUUCUGGCUAUAAUAAUGAUCCAAUCUGAUCCCAAAUUGGUUAUGAUAGAUAUGGUCAUUCCCUACGAAAGCGUGUUUUUAGAUUCCGCUUAUCUUUAAAAUUGUGGAUACAGCAGAUUUUCGACCUUUGUGUGGGCGAAAGGGGGCGGGGCCAAUUCUUGAGAUACAUUUGUAUCAGUGUGAUAUCACAGAAGUCUAGAGGUAAAAUUCGGUGGCUCAACCUUUUAGAGUCUCUGAGAUCCAGGCGCUCAAAACGACGGAAGGACAGACGGAUAGUCGGACGGACGGACAGACGGAUAGACGAACGGACGGACAGACUGACAUGGCAACAACGACCCGCUUGACGCUGAUCAAGAAUAUAAAUACUUUAUGGGGUCGACAACGUUUUCUUACAUACAACCACUUUUGUGCACGAAUACAAUCUAUCCUAUUUACUCUUCGAGUACCGGGUAUAAAAAAAAUAAUUGUGAAAACAAUUUUUGUUCAGCGUUUUAGCAGUUAAUGUGUUUCUGGUAGUUAUUGUUGUCAAUUUGUUACAGCACGCAAAGAAGUGUAUCAAGUGUUAUGUUAUAAACUUAUGUUGCCACUGAAACGAAUAUUUUUAUACAUAUGUACAUACAUACGUAUAUAUACAUACAUAUACAUAUACAAAGAUGAAGCAAUCAAGCAAACACACGACGCAUGAGCAAACACCCAGCAUGCAUAACCGUGAGAUAAUAUCGUCCAUUGUUCCUUCCAAAUACAAGGAGCCUUUCGCACUCGCAUAAAUUCCAGCUUGCUAUCAACAAAAACAAAAUUAUAUUUAUCAAAUGCUGCAAAUGUUUGUCAUAAAUUUACUAAAUGUUUUUUUCAGCUUGAGAAUCUAACCAAAACGAAACUCACAAUUAAGUUAAAUUUUCGAAUGCAAACACUCUACACAGUCCCACCCACAUACACAUACACACACACACACACACACACACGAAUGAUAUUUGUAAAUAUUUGGUAGAAUUUAAGAGCAUAAAUGAAGUGAAGGUCAAAAACAAAAAUUUAAACCAUUACAGUAAUACUAUUAAUUGUACGUGCUCUUGCGUUGGAAAAAAAACAGAACGAAACAAAAAGAAA